AUGUCAGCUUUAUACAGUCCCGAAGCCACAAACUACGAAGGUCUCGAGGACCAAAAGCUUCCCAAGUCAGAGAAAGAAGAUAAUGAUGACUUCUCCAAAUCAGACGAAGAAGAGUUGUUCCUCGAGCAACAUGACUUUGUCUCUUAUCAAAAACAACACAGCAAUAAGCGAAAAAUCUACAUCGUGGCCGCUGUCGCUACAUUCAUUGCUCUCGCAUCAAUCACAUUCGGAACAUACUCGACAUUGCGUUUUCAGGCCCUGAAGCAUAGUCAUAAUAGCGAGUCUACUCAGCAGCCAUCACAAUCAGAAGCUCACUCCCACGAAAGCCACGGAGGAGGCCACGAACACAAACAUGAGCAUUCUCCCGUCUCAUCCACCAAAACCAACUAUUCCACACGCCCGGACUUAGAUUGCGGUGAUAGUGAAGCCACUGCAAAAGCUGCAGGCUGCACCUUCAACGUCAUGGCAUUUUCCUAUGUUCCAGCCGCAUGUAACGGGAGUGAAAUCAUGAGCUCCUUCGUCGACAAGCAUGCCAAUCUACCUCUGGACGGGGCCGGAAUAUUCCCCUGGUACCGCUGGUCCAACCGGACCGAGCCCGUUCCGCAAGAUGCAGACGAGCUUAGUAAAUAUCCAUUUAUUUGGACGACCCAUGAAUGGCACAUUGCGCAUUGCUUAUACAAUUGGGCAUUAACUACUGAUGCAAUUUCGAGGGUUCUCGACAACGAGAAAGAUGUUUGGAUCUUGCAGGAUGCAGUUCAAGGGGGUCAUAUUGCGCAUUGUAAUGGUUUGGUUUCUGAUAGAGUGACGAGUGGUCUGACGCCUUUGAGAGCUUUCAGGGCAAUUGGUCGUUGUGUAAAAUUAGACACUGACAGUAUCGCCCCUUUGAGCAAUGAUACUUAUGGAAGUCAUGUGGAUUGA